GAGUCCAGGGCUCGGCCAAGCGGUGUCUGGGAGAACUCCAAGCAGCCUCGAGCUCCCCCUGCACAGAAGAUGGCAAACAAAGGCCCCUCCUUCGGCCUGAGCAGAGACGUCCAGGCCAAGAUCGAGAAGAAGUACGAUGACGAGCUUGAGGAGCGGCUGGUGGAGUGGGUCGUGGCCCAGUGCGGGGCCGAGGUGGGGCGCCCCGAACGGGGCCGGCUGGGCUUUCAGGUCUGGCUGAAGAACGGCAUUGUGCUCAGCAAGCUGGUGAACAGCCUCUACCCGAGCGGCUCCAAGCCCGUGAAGAUCCCGGAGCCGCCCCCCAGCAUGGUCUUCAAGCAGAUGGAGCAGAUCGCCCAGUUCCUGAAGGCGGCCGAGGACUACGGCGUGGUGAAGACGGACAUCUUCCAGACGGUCGACCUCUUCGAAGCUAAGGACAUGGCCGCCGUGCAGCGGACGCUGAUGGCCUUGGGCAGCCUGGCGGUGACGAAAAACGACGGGCAGUACCGCGGAGACCCCACCUGGUUCAUGAAGAAAGCCCAGGAGAACAGGCGGGACUUCUCCGACAGCCAGCUGAAGGAGGGCAAGAAUGUCAUCGGCCUGCAGAUGGGCUCCAACCAGGGCGCCUCGCAGGCGGGCAUGACCGGCUACGGCCGGCCCCGGCAGAUCAUCAGCUAAGCCAGCGCCGGCCCCGCGGCCCCGGCCCCCCGCCCCCGCACGACCCCCCGGUGGACCUCGCUGCCCGGGCGCUCCGGAGAGCCUCUCUGAGCCGUGCCACCACUGCCCCGGGAGCCACACGUGGGGGCGGGCAGCGGGCCCGGGGGGCCGCCCCGUGGCGGUGGCCCACCCUCCCGCUCGCUCCGCCACCCGGCGGCCGCUUGCACGCUCCCCGCUACACCGCCCCGCUUGCUCCCGCUCCCGGCCGAGGCCCGGCCCUCGCGCGGUGCCCUGGCAGGGCCCGGCCCCAGAAGCGUCCCCGGACAGCGCGUCCGGCCACGGGCCCCACGUGGCCGAAGCACACGCCAGAGAAACCCUUUCCUGCGCGUCCUCGCCGAGCGGGAGGCGGGGGCCACCUCCCGCCGCACUUUUGUACUUGCCGUCGGUCAUCAAUUAAAAACUAUGAAUCCC